GGGGUUAAAACUAAAAUGUUACGUCAGAUAUCUGUUUGACAUUUAUAUUUAGUUUGAAAAUAAGACGAAUGGGCGUAUUUGAUGUAAUUAUUUUUGCUGAACGAAAGYGUUUGAUUCGACCCGGAUUUGUUUUGUCGUUUUGUUUUGCCAACUGAGUGCCAAUCCAAGGAGAUAAAUGUCAGCUAAUCUAAUCCGAGCCUGUUAAUCCUUUUACAUGUAUCGGCAUACGGUUGGAGGUUUUCCUAGAAGGAGGAGCGCUUCACUUUCUCGCCCAAUGAAGUUAAACACCGAUGUGUUUCCCGGUAAAUAAGUAACAGCACCGUGAGUUCACCGGUCACAAAAGGAGUUUUGAACCUGGGAGUAAGCGUCAUAAAGUGGACGGAAAGCGGAGCAAUGAAGAAGCUGGACACAAAAUAGACUUUUGGCCUGCAUAAUCCCAACACAGCUUUUUUUUUAAGUUUUAAAAGGGGAUGAAACCUCGACCAAACUUCGCACAGCAUCGAAGGGAGGCGGCACAAUGACCGUCUGCCGUCGAAAGAAUCGACCUAAACUCCUUCUCCUCCUCUUUGGUGUCACUUUAGUCGGAUAUUUAACGUUUUUCAGGCAGCGCUCCGGGGAAACAGGCGCCGCAAAUCGACGUGAAGGAGAAGAAGAGCCAGCCGAGGAGAAGAAGCGAGCGGUGGAUAAUGAGCAGCUCAAGAAGCCCGUCUACGACAAGCCUCCCCUGGAUUUGAAUGCCCCGGGAGAGAUGGGGAGAGCUCUGAAACUGAACUUGAACGAACAGGACAGGAAGAAAGAGGAGGAAAGCAUUAACAGACACCAGAUUAACACAUAUGUCAGUGACAUGAUAUCACUGCACCGCAGACUGCCAGAGAGAUGGAACCCACUGUGCAGAGAUCUGAGGUACGACUACAAGUCCUUGCCAACAACCACUGUGGUGAUCGCCUUCUACAACGAGGCCUGGUCCACCCUGCUGAGGACGGUCCACAGUGUGCUGGAGACGUCCCCUGACAUCCUGCUCUCAGAGGUGGUGCUGGUGGAUGACUACAGCGACAAAGCUCAUCUGAAGGAGCCGUUGGAGAAGUACCUGUCAGGUUUGAGGAAGGUGCGUCUGGUGCGGGCCACGAAGAGGGAGGGACUGGUCCGGGCCCGGCUGCUUGGGGCGUCCAUUGCCACGGGUGACGUGCUGACCUUCCUGGACUGUCACUGCGAGUGCCACGAGGGUUGGUUAGAGCCUCUUCUCUACAGGAUUAAAGAAGAACCGAAAGCUGUGGUGUGCCCCGUUAUCGACGUCAUYGACUGGAACACAUUCCAGUAUUUAGGCAACUCUGGCGAACCUCAGAUCGGAGGCUUUGACUGGCGGCUGGUCUUUACCUGGCACGCCGUCCCAGAUUACGAGCAGAAACGCCGGCGCUCACCCACUGAUGUCAUCAGGUCGCCGACCAUGGCUGGGGGUCUGUUUUCUGUGAGCAAGAACUACUUCCAUUACCUGGGGACAUAUGACACAGGGAUGGAGGUGUGGGGAGGAGAAAACCUGGAGUUUUCAUUCAGGAUUUGGCAAUGCGGAGGCAGCCUGGAGAUCCACCCAUGCUCCCACGUGGGCCACGUGUUCCCUAAAAAGGCCCCUUACUCGCGUAGCAAAGCGUUGGCAAACAGCGUGAGGGCAGCCGAGGUCUGGAUGGAUGAAUACAAGGAGAUCUACUACCAUCGCAACCCCCACGCACGACUGGAAGCCUUUGGAGACGUGACCGAGCGGAAGAAGCUUAAAGAGAGGCUGGGCUGCAAGAGCUUCCAGUGGUACCUGGAUAAUGUUUACCCCGACAUCUCCGUCCCUCAGGAUCGGCCCGGCAUGUUUGGAAUGCUGAAAAACCGGGGCAAGACCAACUACUGUUUCGACUACAACCCUGUAGACGAGCACUCCAUCGUGGGCCAAAGAGUCAUCCUMUACCAGUGUCACGGCAUGGGCCAGAACCAGUUUUUUGAAUUUUCAGUGGAUGGUGAGAUCUCCUACAACAGCAGAGAACCAUCUGGAUGUGUUGUGGGUGACAACGUGAGUUCCUAUCUGACCAUCCAGCUGUGCAAGAAACGAGGACAGGCCGUUCCUUUAGACCAGAAGUUUGUCUUCCGAAAGGAUGGGAGUCUGUUCCAUGUUCAGAGUCAGAAGUGCAUCGAAGCUGUGGACAAAACGGACAAUGGGACACCAGCCCCCUCGCUGCAGCCCUGCUCUGCCAGCGACCGCCAAAAGUGGUUUUUUGAGGAGAGGAUGUAAAAACAUGAACAAAAAAUACAUGUGAAAGUUAUUUUUCUUCCACCCCCCUAAAUCCAGUAUCCAGAAGAGGAUUAUGACUGGAUAUAAUUGCUGUUUGAUUCUGAUUAAUGUAUCCUUUCCCCUUAAACGAGCCCUAACAAUGAUGCCUUUCUGCUCACCUUCCUGCGUUAAACCUCUUCUGAUUAGAGUGUUCUCCACUUGGACCAACAGGGAACUGUUCUGACAAGUUUCAGUUUUCUAAAACACUUUUUAAAUAAACCAGAACACAAAAUAUUCAUUCAGUUUCAGCCAGAAGACUUGCUGGACAGUGUUGGAUAAUURAAAUGCCAGCAGAUUCAGAGCCUCCUGGUGACGUUUUAAGCUCAUCUGGUUUUAUUUACACUUUUUGUCCUGUAGAGGGGGCUAAAGUUCCUCUCACUGCACCGCUUCCCUUUCUCAUCUUUUAUGUUUUUCACGAGGCAAUUUUUUCAGCUGUUUUUCAAGAACCUUUUACAGAAAGCAAUGACUACUUGAUAAAUUAUUUACACCAGUGGCCCAAAAAAAGUCCUAGAUUACAGGCCAGUGCCUUACAAUGUUUUUUAAAUCAAGUCUCCACUGAAAAAAAGGGAAAACUGCAGCCUUGAACUAAAGUUUUUUUACUGGAUUCAGUGUUGUGUUAGUUUUUGUGCUGUUUAAAAAAUAAGUAGCUUUAACCAUAAAUUAUAGCCAUAUUUAUUAUUUGUUUUUUUAUUUCAGGGGACUUUAGAGUUUAUUCACUUAAAUCUGGUUAAGAGCAAAUGGUAACAUCAUGGCAGCUGAGAGCAAAGAGUGCCUGUUUAUAUAAAAUAAAAUACUACAAUUUAGUGUUUUUGCA